GCAGCACCGGUCUAUUUGGUCCGGACCUGGAGUUGGCGAAUAUCGACUCCAAGUCUUAUACCUUAGCCUAUCAUUAGCGUCCAUCGCCUCCUGCGCCGACUAUGUGCCACUAACGUUAGGUAUCGUCAGCCUGUAGUGUGUACUACACUACCGAUUGUCUUUACACGGUUCUGUAGCUGAACCGUAAAACGCUUCGGGUGGCCUGCUCUUCUCUGGAUAUACACGGCAUUUACAUUCUCGGUAAUAAUGAAUCGGCGCCGACAACGGCGACGGAAGCUGCCGAACUUGCUAGGGCUUUCAGACGCCAUCGCGGAGACCAAAGUCCGUUGCACCUCCACCAGAAACCAAAUGUAUAUCCAUUCAUAUCCUAUGAGCAAAUUAUAGGCCAAGUGAUUGGUAGCAUUAAUUGAGAAGCACAAUUACCUAAAUCAAGGAUCAAUAGUUGGCAUCGACGCUGUGCUCCUCAUUGUCAUCGACGCCCUGUCCACCAAAAGCUUCGAACCCCACCUAUCAAAAAAGCCUGACGCCCGAAAACAGAACUACAUCGCAUCUAUCUAUCUAGCGGUUAGACGUCAUCAGCAAUGGAUUCGCCCGGUAUUGAAGCUACUCCUGAGGAGCGCCUGCGGGCAAGGCAACCCAUCCCAAAGCCAUUCCCCGCUUACCUCCCCAAGGCUGGUUCGCCACUGACCGUGGACCAGACGGCAUACAGCACUAUCCAGUCUGCUCCCCGCAUCUUGAUAGAGGAAUUCACCAUCCCAAUUCGAUCUGGCAAAGCAUGGGAGGCCCCUGCUGGAAGUAUUGUACGCAUCACGACUCCCGACGGUCCUCAAGUCGGUGAUCUCAACCUCUGGAACAGACACAAUCCUCGCGAGCGCUUUUGGGCAUCCCGUACCCGCCAGCUACACGCUACCCACUUGUCUACACAUGAUAGACUAUGGUCCUGCCUACCGUACAUGCGCCCACUGGCCACCAUCAUCCACGAUAGCCUGGCCUGGUACGGCAAAGACGAGCACGGUGGCCGCGCUCACGAUCUGUUAGGUACUCGAUGCGACCCGUACAUCAAUGCUGUUCUCGACGAUGGAGCGCAGUACGAUUUCCACUGUCACUCAAACUUGGUGCGUGCGGUUGCACCUUUUGGCUUUCACGAGAGCGAUGUCCACGACGUCAUCAACAUCUUCCAGGUGACGGGUCUAGACGACCAGGGCAGAUAUUUCAUGAAUCCGUCACCUGCUGCCAAAGGCGAAUCGCUUGAGUUCCUAGCGGAGCAAGACCUUUUGAUGGCUCUAAGUACUUGCCCAGGAGGAGAUCUCUCCAAGUGGGGUUUCGGUAGCGACAGUGCCGAGGAGAUGAUUAAAUGCUGCCGUCCUCUGCAUGUGCAAGUAUAUCGUCUUGCUGAUGAAAGUAUUCUGAACAACGUAGGCUGGUCUCCAGCAAAGCCAGCGCCAUACCGUGGCAUGCAUGGCGUCUUUUCCCCAGUCGGCGAACCUGACCAACGUAAAUAACACACUGAAAGAUGAAUGCGGUUUAUACGAGCGCUGGCUGAUGUCUUACUCGUCAGAAAAUAUCACGUAGAUUAAUGAAGUCUUUAGAAAAUGGGGGAGUCACGGAUAUCAAUAUUGAUACAAUUUCUAUUUUCACGACGCUGACGCCGCCAUCGUAUCCUAUGCUUUCCAUCCUUAUUCUUUGCAACAUAUUUCUAUUUUACUUCCACAACUUGCCCAGCGACACUUCUUUGUCGUCAUGCUUGUUGAGAAUCUUUGCCGUCGCAAGCUCAAAGUCUUCUUGUGUGACAUGGACACGGCGCUCACGCAAAGCAUACAUACCAGCUUCCGUGCAGACACCCUUGAGUUCGGCACCAGAGCAUCCGUUCAUCUUCUCAGCAAUCUUGGUCAGGUUGAUUCCUCUUGUCAGGUUCAUCUUGCGGCUGUGAAUGCGCAAGAUAUCGGCUCGGGCUUCGACACUUGGGGGAGGGAAUUCGAUUUUGCGGUCGAUACGUCCAGGUCGCAACAAGGCAGGGUCGAGAAUGUCGAGACGGUUGGUCGCCAUAAUAAUCUUGAUGUUCUUUGUGGGCUCAAAGCCGUCGAGCUGGUUCAGCAGCUCCAACAUGGUACGCUGGACUUCAGAGUCGCCGCCUGACGAGCCUUCGACACGCGAAGAACCAAUGCUGUCGAUUUCAUCCAUGAAUAUAAUUGACGGGGCGUGUUCUCGGGCCAUGAUGAAGAGCUCACGAACCAUUCGGCUUCCCUCACCAAUGUAUUUUUGGACCAGUUCAGAACCCGACACCCUGAUGAAUUUACAGGCUGUGUGAUGGGCGACGGCUCGCGCAAGCAGCGUCUUUCCGGUACCGGGAGGGCCGUAGAGCAAUACACCCUUUGGCUGAGCAAUACCGAGCGAUUCGAAGAGUUCGGGGUGCUUGAGACCUAGUUCGAUGACUUCCUUGAUUUCCUUGAUCUGCUGAUCCAGACCACCAAUCAUGUCGUAUGUGCUGUCGGGGACCUUUUCGACCAUCAUGAGAGAAACGAGGGGGUCGACAGAAGAAGGGAGCAUCUUUUCAAGCUUGUAGCUGUCGGAGAGGAGGGUUACGCGCUUGCCGGCGGUGAGCUUUGAAACAUCGACGCUGUCGGCAAUAUCGACGACUGCAGAAAAUUAGUUAGCAAAUCAAACGGAAAGACAGUAAGUGUAUAGAGCAAAGUGACGCACCGUAUUUGCCCUCGGGAUGGACCUUGACAAGGACCUUCUUGGUGCCCAUGACCUUGACGACCUCGCCGACGUAGGAGCCCGGCUGCUGCAGGAGACCGAGUUCCUCGCGCAGCAAUCGUACGCGAGAAUUGUAAUCGUUUCUUUGUGCCUCGAGGCGGCGAAGAGCUGCUUGACCCUUGAGGAUCUCGAGCUUCAUCGCCUCGAUCUUGUUGUGGUAGUAUUCGUCGAGCGCCAUGGUGGUGGACGGUGGUGCUCCGAUGCGGGCAAUGCAGGCAAUGCGGGCAAGGGCGGAGGAUUAAUUCAACGGAUCAAAAUACGCAAUCGUGGAUUGAUGGGUUUGUUCGCCACGGAUGCGCGCGUGGGAUUCGGGUCGCGAUGGUGAGGGUGAUGUAAGACGCUGGCGGAGAUGAUGAUGAAAGCGCUCGUGCCUGGUGCGGCGACGUGUGUAGUGGUGGU